UCCAAGUGCGCAGGUGCGACUCCAGACGGAGCCUCGGGCUUCAGCCUUUCGUCUCCCUGCAGCUCCGUGGGUCGGGAAAGCGGCUGUGUCCGCCCCUCCCUUCCUUCCCAGGGCGCAUCCCGCGGGGAUCCAGCCCUGGGGCCGAAACCGGGUUCGCAGCGAGUCCGGGGUGAAUAAAGAGGAAGUCACAGCAAUAAUAGGACAACGAAGAGAAGCUGAUCAUGGAUUAUCUGACCAUUAAAGUUGAGGAAAAAGCCGUGACUACUGAGGUUGCUUCUCUGCCCCCAAAACAGAGCACAGAAGAAGUGGAGCCUAUCGUAGAGCUUCUUCCUGUUGAGUUCCAGGAAUUGACGACAGUCAAGGAUGAGGAAAUGGACUUCACCCAUGUGGAGGAGGAACAGCUGAAUUCUGCCCAAAAGUACAUGGGCAUGGAUGUAGAGGAUCGUGGGAGCCUAGUAUUUUGGGAUUCUGAAUCUCUCCCUGAAACUAAAGUGUCCCUUUCAAAGCAGGAGGUUUGUGAAGAAGUAUCAUCUGAAAGGGAGCUGAUAAUAGAAAAACUUAUAAAGGGUGAUUCCUGGAACUCCAGAUCGAUAAAAGCCUGGGAACGUGGAGGCAUGUUAGAAAGGCAGCAAGGAAAUCGGCAAGUCAUAAUAAAACACAAGAGAAAGCUUAUGGAGGAUUGUAAUGAAAUCGGGGGAGGUUCAAACCCAAUUAAACAUCAGAAAGUUUACUCAGUGAAAAAGCCUUGGAAGUGCAGUGAGUGUGGCAAGUCCUUCAGUUACUACUCAGCCUUUAUCCUACACCAGAGGAUUCAUACAGGAGAAAAGCCCUUUGUAUGUACUGAAUGCGGAAAGGCCUUCAGCCGGAGCUCAUCACUUAUCCAGCAUCAGAGAAUCCACACUGGAGAGAAACCCUACGAGUGUAACGAGUGUGGGAAAGCUUUUGGUCGUCGUUCAGCCCUUAUUCAACAUCACAUCAUUCAUACCGGAGAAAAACCCUAUGAGUGCAACGUAUGUGGGAAGGCCUUCAACCAAAGCACAUACCUUAUCCAACAUCACAGGAUACACACGGGAGAGAAACCCUAUAAAUGCAAGGCGUGUGGGAAAGCUUUCAGUGACACCUCAUCCCUUUUUAAACAUCAAAGGGUUCAUACUGGAGAAAAACCCUAUGAAUGUAAAGAAUGUGGGAAGGCCUUCAGCAACAAGUCAGGCCUUAAUCAACAUCAGAGAACUCACACAGGGGAAAAGCCAUAUGAAUGUAGCGAAUGUGGGAAAGCUUUCAGUUACUGUUCAGCUCUUAUUCAACAUCAAGGAACCCACACUGGGGAGAAACCUUACAAAUGUAAUGAAUGUGGGAGAGCCUUCAGUGACCCCUCAGCUCUUAUAAGACAUCAGAGAAUUCAUACUGGAGAGAAACCUUACAAAUGUAAAGAAUGCGAGAAAGCCUUCAGCCAGAGCUCAUCCCUGACAAAACAUCUGAGAAUUCAUACUGGAGAGAAACCAUAUAAAUGCAUAGAGUGUGACAAAGCCUUCAGCCAGAGUUCAUCUCUUACUCAACACCAGAAAAUUCAUGCAGGAGAAAAACCCUACAAAUGUAAGAGAUGUGAGAAAACCUUCAGUGUGCGUUCAGCCUUUCGUCAACAUAAAGAAAUUCACAAUGAAUAGAAUGCGGCAAAUUCAUGGAAUAAGUAUGUAUUCUCUCCUGAUUGUGUAGAACUGCUCUAAAUAUUACAGGGCAUAACACAAAAACAUGAAGCUAUAUCACACAAAAAUUGAUCCUCUCCCCUGAAAUGUUAUUAGGUAUGGAGGAGAACAAGAGGUACGUGUAAAUAUCUCAGUUACAAAACCAAAUGCCUAAGCAGUGAAGAGGAUUUCUAGGGGAGCACAGAAGGAGAAAGUCUAGUUUGGUCAGGGAAAUAGUAAGGAGCUGAGCAUCUAAUAUCAGUAGAAAAAGUCAUCAGAGGAGCCAAGUGGGCAUUGUUUGAAGCCGGUGGCUUUUUAAUAGUUUCAACCCAAAGCCAAAGUGGGGAGGACAAGGAUCCUAAAGAGGAAAAUUACCAGGAAGUUUCUCUUGGGAAAUAAAAAGAGGGGAAAAAAACUAAGUCCCCCAAAUCCUCCUUUUCUCUGUCCCUACAUUCCAUCUGUUCAUUUGCACAUUUGCAAACAUUGAAACCAAUAGUUAUUUACUUUGGAUGCACAUUGAUGUUACCUGAGAAGCUUAAAAAAAAAUACUGGGUCCCAGGAAAUUCCCUGGCAUUCCAGUGGUUAGGACUUGGUGCUUUCACUGCCAUGGGCCCAGGUUCGCUCCCUGGUCAGAGAACUAAGAUCCCACAAGCCAAGCAUUGUGGAAAACAAAAAACAAAAAAACUGGGUCCCAACACCAGAGAUUCUGAUUACAUUGGACUGAGGUGUAGCUUGAGCAUCAGGAAUUUUAAAACUUCUCAGGUAGGAUGGACCUAGAGAUUAUCACACUAAGUGAAGUGAGUCAGACAGAGAAAGACAAAUAUCAUGUGAUAUCACUUAUAUGUGGAAUCUAAAAAAAAAAAAAAAGAUGCAAAUAAGGUUAUUUACAAAACAGAAACAGACUCACAGACAUAGAAAACAAACUUCUGGGUACUAAAGGGGAAUGGCUGGUAGGGGAAGGAUAAAUUAGGAAUUUGGGGAUAACACACUACUAUAUAUAAAAUAGAUAAGCAACAAGGACCUACUGUAGAGCACAGGGAGCUAUACUCAAUAUUUUAUAACAACCUAUCGUGGAAAAGAAUCUGAAAAAGAAUAUAAUGGAAUCUGAAAUAUACAUAUAUGUAUAUAUAACAGAAAAGAAUCUGAAAAAGGAUAUAUAUGUAUAACAGAAUCACUUUGCCAUACACCAGAAACUUAACACAACAUUGUAAAUUAACUAUACUUCAAAAGAUUAAUUAAAAAUUAAUUUCAGUGUGCCACCAAGAUUAAAAGUACCACUGGUUUUAGAGUCUUUCUGCACAAGGAUCAACUCAGUGAGAUAGGAGGGUUACAGGCAGCUGAAAGGAUAAUAACAAUCUACAUUAGUUCAUAAGACCUCUUUGUGUCCUUGUUUCUGCUUUUUCUUUCUCUUGUUAAUUAUUACUUCAUCUUUUUUACUUGGUUUUGGAUUCCUUCGCUUGGGGUUUUUUGUUUUCUCUGACUUCAUGUGAACUGAACUGCUUGAUGCUAACGUCUGCUCUGACCCUUGCUAAAUGUGUUUCUUUAAGCCUGGUUACAGUUUUAUCAACCAGUUCUACCUACCAGGAUCAUAUAUUAUGCUUGCAACCCAUGGCCCAGUGGUGGCAAAUGUUGAGCAUAAGAAACAAUCCUAGAGGAAGACCUAAAGACCAGAAAUCAGGAGUGAAGAUGGAGUGACUGAAAGGGACUUUCAAAGAGUUAAACUUUUGACUCCAGCUACAUAGUUUGUAUCUUAAUAUUUCCAGAAAUUACAAUAAAAUUUAGUUGUGUGUAUGAACUAACACUGAACUUCAAGGCAUGUAGGUGGGAGGAAGGGUAAAUCGAGAAUAUUCUUAUAUUUUACAUGAAGUACAAUAAUAACCUUAAAGGGGAUUAUGACAAAUUACAGAUGAUACUGUAAUCCCUGUGGAACAUCCAUUAAAAGAUAAUGCAAGUAGAUGAAUUAAACUACAUACUAAAAAAUGUUUAAACCAAAAGAAGGCAGGAAAGGAGGAAGAGAGAAAUAAACAAAUGGGUGGGGCCAAUAGUAAACAGAUGGCAAAAUGGUAGACCUUACUCAACCAUAUCAAUAAUGACAUUAAAUGUAAAAGAAACACUCCAAGUAAAACUCGGAGAUUGUCCAACAGAAUAAAGAAGCAUGUCCCAACUGUAUCUAAAAGGCAUAUACUUUAAAUACAGAAAGUUCAAAAGAUGAAAAGGAUAUAUAAUGAAAACACUAAUCACAAGAAAACUGCAGUAGAUAUAUUAAUAUUGGAUAAAGUAGAAUUCAAGAAGGAGGUAUUAUCAUAGGUACAGAAGGGUAUUUUUCAACGAUAGAAGUGUCAAUUUAACAACGUUAGUAAUUGUUUAAAUGUGUAUUUGGGUUACAAUUCUGAAUGUGAUUUUAGUGUUAUAAAUAAGAUUUAGAGUUAUAAGUUAUUAAUAUAUUAUAUGCCUAGCUUCAGGUCUUCCAAAAUCACAAAGUAAAACUGACAGAACUAAAUUUUUAAAAAGUCUGCAGUUUUAUAAUCGGAAAUUUGAAGACUCCAUUCUCAGCAAUUGAUAGAACAAUUAGACAAAAUAUUAAAGAUAUAGAGGAUCUGGACAACACUGUCUACAAUCUUGAAUUGAUUGACAUACAUAGAAUACUUUAUAGAACAUAUAUAGAACAUACAACAACUUCAGAAUGCAUACUAUUUUCAAGUGCACAUGGAAUGUUCAUCAAGUUAGACUUUACACUGGGCCUUAAAACAAGGCUCAAAAAUUCAAAAGCACUGAGGAUACUCUCUACUACAUUGAACGAAAGUAGAGAUAAAUAAAAUAGGUAGCUAGAAAAUCUCCAAAUACUUGGAAAUUAAGUGCCACAGCUGAACGCAUCCAAGUAAAAAAUUUUAAGAGAGAAAUUGAAAAUAUUUUGAAUUGAAUGAUAGGAAAAUUAUAUUCCGUUCAAAACAUGUUCUAAUUGUAUGAAAUGCAUUAUUUCAAGAUGCAGUGAAGGCAGUGAUUACAGGGAAAUGUAUAGCUUUAAAUGCUUAUAUUAAAAAAAAAAAAGAUGGGUGUUGCACUUCCCUGGUGGUCCAGUGGGUAAGAAUCCACCUUCCAAUGCAAGGGAUGCGGGUUCGAUCCCUGGUUGGGGAACUAAGAUCCCAUGUGCUGUGAGGUGCAGCCAAAAAACAACAAAACCAUCAUUGCCCUCCAGAUUCAAUACCGCCCCCCCCCCCCAUGAAAGAUUGAAUCCUUCUUCUAAUCCCAGUUUCUUCUUCAGUUUCAUCUCUUUCUGUCAUCCCUUUUGCAUGUUAAGCUCUAGCAUUUAUGAUUGUUCAGUUCCUCAUCACUUCCUCUCUUGAUUCAGGGCCUUUGUAUAUGCAGUGCCUUCUACCUUGAACAUUCUUAUUGCCUUCAUUCAUCUGGUUUACUCCAAUUCAUCCUCCCGGUAUCAACUUAAUUUAUCGCUUGCUCAGGAAGACUUUUCCUGGGACUUCCCUGGUGGCACAGUGGUUAAGAAUCCACCUGGCAGGACUUCCUAGGUGGUGCAGUGGUAAAGAAUCCACCUGCCAAUGCAGGGGGCAUGGGUUCAAGCCCUGCUCUGGGAAGAUUCCACAUGCCAUGGAGCAACUAAGCCCAUGUGCCACAACUAUUGAGCCUGUGCUUUAGAGCCCAUGAGCCACAACUGUUGAAGUCCACGUGCCUAGGGCCCAUGCUCCACAACAAGAGAAGCCACUACAAUGAGGAGCCUGUCCACCACAAUGAAGAGUAGCCCCUGUUCACAGCAACUAGAGAAAGCCUGUGUGCAGCAACGAAGACCCAAUGCAGCGAAUAAAUUAAAAAAAAAAAUCCACCUGGCAAUGCAGGGGACAUGGGUUCAAUCCCUGGUCCGGGAAGAUCCCACAUGCCUCGGAGCAACUAAGCCUGUGCGUCACAACUACUGAAGCCCGUACGCCUAGAGCCUGUGCUCCACAACAACAGAAACCACCAUAAUGAGAAGCCUGCACAUCACAAUGAAGAGCAGCCCCCACUCGCCGCAACUACAGAAAGCCCAUGUGCAGCAACGAAGACCCAACACAGCCUAAAUAAAUAAAUAAAUAUUAAAAAGAUUUUUUCUUGACUCUAGGCAAAAUCACUUGCCUCUAAUAUUGUAUCCUUAUAACCCCCUUUAGUUCUCCUGACCUCAUCACAUUUUAUCAUUACUGAUUCAAUGUCUUUCCCUUGAUAUAAGUGGAUACUUUGUUAUAAUCACCUGUUGAAAGUCAUUCCAGGGGCAUUCCUUGGCAGUCCAGUGGUUAGGACUUGGUAUUUUCACUGCCCGGGGCCUGGUUAGAUCCCUGCUCAGAAAACUAAGAUUCUGUAGGCCAUGUGGUGUGGCCAAAAAAAGAAAGUUAUUCCAAUAAUAUGAAUUCUGUAAGGGCAAAGAAAUAGUCUGUCUUGUUCACUACUUUAUCCCCAAUUCAUAUCACUGGUUACAUAUUUUCAUCAUCAUAAAUAAUGGUGAAAUGACAGUUAAUGAGCCACUCCUAAAUUUAUAGUUACUCAGAAUGGAUAUCUUUUGAUGGUGACAGACGGAAACUAGAUUUAUCAUGGUAAUUAUUUUGAGAUGUAUAGAAAUAUCAAAUCACUAUGUUGUGUACCAGGAACUAAUACAGUGUUGCCACUGAAGAGGAAAGUUAGAAACUUACACUCAGCUAAAAAUAACUCCAUGCUUGUUUUGCUUUUGUGAAAUAUGCUUGCUGUGCUGAGAAAAACAGGAUGACCUGACAAUCCAAUGUAACUUUAAGAUGUUUUGCUAAAAAAUGGGAUGUUCUGCACCUGCUCUUGUAAGUUUCUAUUUGGAAGCUUCCAUGCUCUGUAAACAUGUGCACUAUAAAAGUAAAGCUCACCCUGAGUUUGGGGCCCAGAACUUUGGAGCCUUAGCUCGUCUGGGGCCGCCGGCUUAAUAAACCAGAGUUC